AUGAUUCCGAACAACUCCCGAUCCUCACGUGGAGAUGUUGAGGGUGCCAACAAUUUCUUCUUAUCCUUCGUGAAGAGGUCUCGGAUGAGAUUUUCGGGUUCUUUGAUUUUUCUCAUUGUGAUCAUGUUCGGAAUGAUGAUGAUGAUGGGAAUUUGUAUUCAUGGAUUGCAACUGGAGGAUUUAUUGAAUAUUCGGCCUUCAUCGGCCAUUGGUGAUUCAAACCAGAUUUUGGAGGAUGCUAAUUGUACAAUUGCAACGAUAGAGAAAAAUAAUAAUGAGUUUAUCUAUCCACUUUUAAAAGAAAUAGUUUCCAAACAAUUUUUUAAAAUAUUUAAAGUAGAUCUUUCGAGUCCGUGCCCAUUCUGGGCAAUGAAAAAAGUUUGUACUGGAAAGGGAGGAUGUUCUCAAGAAGGUGACGGCUCUAGACUGACCUAUGUCAAUUUAUUGAGAAAUCCUGAAACUAGAACUGGCUACAGCGGAGAAGAGGCCUCUAGAGUUUGGAAGGCCAUUUACAGCGUUAAUUGCUUCAACAAUAGGAGUGUUAAAGAUAUGUGUUUUGAGGAACGAGUAUUUUAUAAGCUAAUUUCUGGACUCCAUGUUUCGAUAACCAUGAAAAUAGCCCGAUAUUUCACACUUAAAUUUGGCCAUGAUGAAAAUCCUACUUACGAUUCAUAUACACCAAAUUAUGAAAUGUUUGAAAAGGCCAUCCUUCCUUUCCCUGAUAGAGUGAAGAACUUGUAUUUCCUGUACACGUUCAUGUUGAGAGCCAUUGAAAAGGCAGCUCCUUUCCUCAAGUCAUAUAAUUUUAAUACUGGCAAUGAAAUUGAGGACAGAGAAACAUCUAUACUUGUCAACAAUUUGUUUAACAAUAGCAAGUUAUGUGGAACAACAUUUGACGAGAAAUUAAUGUUUAGAACAGAAGACAUGAAUCACCUGAGAGCUCAAAUGAAAACUUCAUUCAGGAAUAUCAGCUCAAUCAUGGAUUGUGUGGCUUGUGAAAAAUGUAAAAUGUGGGCUAAAUUGGAUAUUCUCGGAUUGGCAACUGCACUCAAAAUUAAUCUGGAUGGAGAUAAUGUCUUUUCCACUCUCCAACGAAAUGAGAUUAUAGCACUUAUCAAUGCCUUCAAGCAACACUCUCAGGCCAUUUAUAAUUUCCAUGAAAUGCUUGUCUUUCACCAGCGAAAAGAUGCUUCGCCAAAAAUUGCCAUUGAAUAUUCUCUUCACGAAGAAGGAAAAGGAUAA